CGCGGGCCUCUUGUCCUGAGGGCGGCGGCGGCGGCGGCCGCGAAGAUGGCUGCGGCGGCCUCCUGCUCCUCGGCGACGGCGGCGGCGGGGCCCGGUCCCGGUCCGGGCUCCUGCGAGUGGCUGCUGCUGCGGGACGGCUGCCUGCGCUGCGACGCCGACGGGCUCUGCAGCCUGUGCUACCACCCGGCGCUCAACGCCAUCCUGGCCGUGACCGCGCGCGGCGCCAUCAAAGUCAUCGACGGCACCUCGGGGGCCACGCUGCAGGCGUCGGCGCUCGGCGCUAAACCAGGUGGACGGGUGAAAUGUCAGUAUAUUUCUGCUGUGGAUAAAGUGAUCUUUGUGGACGAUUAUGCAGUAGGAUGUAGGAAAGAUCUCAAUGGCAUCUUACUGUUAGACACAGCUCUGCAAACGCCUGUUUCAAAACAAGAUGACGUGGUUCAGCUUGAAUUGCCGGUUACAGAGGCUCAGCAGCUGUUAUCUGCUUGCAUAGAAAAAGUAGAUGUUUCUAGCACAGAGGGAUAUGAUUUGUUCAUCACUCAACUGAAGGAUGGCUUAAAAAAUACCUCACAUGAAACAGCAGCAAAUCAUAAAGUUGCAAAGUGGGCAACGGUUACGUUCCACCUUCCUCAUCAUGUUUUGAAGUCUGUCGCCAGUGCCAUUGUAAAUGAACUCAAGAAGAUAAAUCAAAAUAUUGCUGCCUUACCUGUAGCAUCCUCUGUGAUGGAUAGGUUAUCUUACCUCUUGCCCAGCGCACGUCCAGAGCUUGGUGUGGGACCUGGGCGAUCUGUGGACAGGUCUUUGAUGUAUAGUGAAGCUAACAGACGGGAGACAUUCACUUCAUGGCCUCAUGUGGGUUAUCGGUGGGCACAGCCAGAUCCUAUGGCUCAAGCUGGGUUCUAUCACCAGCCUGCUUCAUCAGGAGAUGACAGAGCCAUGUGCUUUACCUGUAGUGUGUGCUUGGUGUGCUGGGAACCUACAGAUGAACCUUGGUCUGAACAUGAGAGACAUUCCCCAAACUGUCCAUUUGUCAAGGGUGAGCACACUCAGAAUGUACCUCUUUCAGUCACACUGGCAACAAGUCCAGCGCAAUUUCCCUGCACAGAUGGCACUGACAGAAUAACCUGCUUUGGAUCUGGAAGUUGCCCUCAUUUUCUAGCUGCUGCAACAAAACGAGGAAAGAUCUGCAUAUGGGAUGUUUCCAAACUUAUGAAGGUCCACUUAAAAUUUGAAAUCAAUGCAUAUGAUCCCGCUAUUGUGCAGCAACUUAUGUUAUCAGGAGAACAGAGCUCAGGGGUUGACUCAAGGAGACCAACACUAGCAUGGUUAGAAGAUUCCUCUAGCUGCUCAGACAUACCAAAAUUAGAAGGAGACAGUGAUGACUUACUGGAGGAUUCAGACAGUGAAGAGCAUUCCAGAUCGGAAUCUGUUACGGGGCAUACAUCACAAAAAGAAACUAUGGAAGUCAGCCUUGAUAUAACAGCUCUCAGCGUUCUUCAGCAACCUGAAAAACUUCAGUGGGAAAUUGUUGCAAAUGUUCUGGAGGACACAGUUAAAGAUCUAGAAGAACUUGGGGCAAAUCCCUGUUUGGCCAACUGUAAGAGUGAAAAGAUGAAGGAAAAACAUCUAGAACAACACAACAUUCCCUUUCCUUGUUUAUUAGCUGGAGGUCUAUUAACAUACAAAUCACCUGCUACCUCUCCCGUUAGCAGUAACUCUCAGAGAUCACUGGAUGGCUUAAGCAGGACUCGAGGUGAGAGUGUCUCGGAACAGGGAUCAACUGACAACGAAUCCUGCACUAAUUCAGAACUGAAUUCCCCUCUGGUAAGGAGGACUUUGCCUGUAUUGCUGCUGUACAGCAUUAAGGAGUCUGAUGAAAAAGCAGGAAAACUCUUUUCACAGAUGAACAAUAUUAUGAGUAAAAGUAUACAUGAUGAUGGUUUCACAGUUCCACAGAUCAUUGAAAUGGAGCUGGACAGUCAGGAACAGUUGCUGUUACAGGACCCCCCUGUGACUUACAUUCAGCAGUUUGCAGAUGCUGCAGCCAACCUGACAUCUCCGGACUCGGACAAGUGGAGCUCUAUGGUUCCCAAGCCUGGGACUUUGGUUCAGUGCCUGCGUCUGCCCAAGUUUGCAGAGGAGGAGAACCUGUGUGUAGAUUCAAUCACACCUUGUGCAGAUGGAGUUCAUCUCUUAGUAGGACUGCGGACUUGUCCUGUUGAAUCUCUGAGUGCAAUAAAUCAAGUAGAGGCCUUGAAUAAUUUAAAUAAAUUAAACUCAGCACUAUGUAAUAGAAGGAAGGGGGAACUAGAAUCAAGUCUUGCUGUAGUGAAUGGCACGAGUAUUGAUGUAAUCCAGCAUGAGUCACCAGCAGAUGUACCAACUCCUUUAAUAAUUCAGCCUGAACAGAGAAGUGUUAGUGGUGGAUACCUAGUGCUUUAUAAGAUGAAUUAUGCCACUAGAAUAGUUACUCUAGAGGAGGAACCAGUAAAAAUCCAGCAUAUCAAAGACCCCCAAGACACAAUUACCUCAAUGAUUUUGCUCCCACCAGAUAUAUUGGAUAAUCGAGAGGACGACUGUGAGGAGCCUGUAGAGGAAAUACAAUUAUCUUCUAAAAAUGGCAGUGGGAGAGAGAGAAGAUCUGAGAUCUCUACUCUUGGGCACCUGGUAAUAACUACUCAGGGAGGAUAUGUAAAAAUACUAGAUCUUUCAAACUUUGAAAUUCUGGCCAAAGUGGAGCCACCUAAAAAAGAGGGCACUGAGGAACCAGAUAUGUUUGUCUCUGUGAUAUACUGUUCGGGCACAGACAGAUUAUGUGCAUGCACCAAAGGUGGAGAACUUCAUUUCCUUCAGAUUGGAGGGACCUGCGAUGACAUCGAUGAAGCUGAUAUACUUGUAGAUGGAUCCCUUACCAAAAGUGUAGACCAGUCAUCAGAAGGCACCAAGCCCUUAUCCAACCCUUCUAGUCCAGGCAUUACAGGAGUUGAUCUUUUGGUGGACCAGCCAUUCUCCCUUGAGACACUGACAUCCCUGGUGGAACUGACCCGUUUUGAAACCUUGACACCACGGUUUUCAGCCACUGUCCCUCCCUGUUGGGUGGAAGUCCAGCAGGAGCAGCAGCAGAGGCGGCACCCUCAGCAUCUGCACCAGCAGCACCAUGGGGAUGCAGCUCAGCACACUCGGACUUGGAAGCUACAGACGGACAGCAACAGCUGGGAUGAGCAUGUCUUUGAACUAGUUCUACCAAAAGCCUGUAUGGUUGGACAUGUGGACUUCAAAUUUGUUUUGAAUUCAAACAUCACAAACAUUCCCCAGAUUCAAGUGACUUUACUGAAAAAUAAAGCUCCAGGCUUAGGGAAAGUCAAUGAAGCAGCAGUAGAUAGACAAAUUGCAUUUCCUUUAUCUCCAGCUCAUAAUAUAGAAGUGGAGAGAAAUGGAAAACCAGGACUGGUGGAAUUCAGCGAAGAAAUGCAGUAUAUGGAUGUAGAGGAACCACAAUGUCUUAGAUUGUGUCCAUUUCUGGAAGAACACAAGGAAGAUAUACUUUGUGGUCCGGUAUGGCUGGCUACUGGACUUGAUCUAUCAGGACAUGCUGGAAUGUUGACACUAACAAGUCCAAAGCUUGUUAAAGGCAUGGCUGGUGGCAAAUAUCGUUCAUUUUUAAUUCAUGUCAAAGCAGUGAAUGACAGAGGAACAGAAGAAAUCUGCAAUGGUGGCAUUAGACCAGUGGUUAGAAUACCUCCUUUAAAACCUCAGACGAACAAGGGCCAUUCACUUGCUUCAUUGUUGGCAAAAGUUGCAGCAGGCAAGGAAAAGCCAUCUAGUAAAAUCGAAGCCACUACUUCUUCAAGAAAAUCAGAUAAUCUGCGAGGCUGUGACUUACUUCAAGAAGUCUCUGUUACAAUUCGAAGAUUUAAAAAAACUUCCAUUUCAAAGGAAAGAGUUCAACGGUGUGCAAUGUUACAGUUUUCAGAGUUCCAUGAGAAGCUGCUCACCACUCUUUGCAAGAAGACAGAGGAUGGUCUGACUACAGAACAUGCUCAGAGUCUUGUACUCGACACACUUUGUUGGUUGGCCGGAGUAUAUUCAAAUGGCCCUGGCAGGCCUGCAACUUGUUUUCACAGCUCAAAGGAAGGAAAUGACAGUUUGCUUUCUAAAACACGUAAAUGUGUUUCUGAUAUUAUACGCGUUUGCUUCUUUGAAGCUGGGCGGAGCAUAGCUCACAAAUGUGCACGAUUUCUUGCACUAUGCAUCAGCAAUGGCAGGUGUGACCCGAGUCAACAAGGGUUUGGAUCAGUUCUUCUGAAGGCUUUACUUGACAAUAUGCCUCUUUUGCCUGCUGCUGCCACAGGUGGAUCUGUGUAUUGGUAUUUUGUAUUGCUGAACUAUGUAAAAGAUGAAGACUUGGCAGGAUGCAGCACAGCUUGUGCAUCAUUGCUGACUGCUGUGUCCCGGCAGCUGCAGGAUCGCCUAACACCAAUGGAAGCGUUACUUCAAACAAGAUAUGGAUUAUACAGUUCACCUUUUGAUCCAGUUCUUUUUGAUUUGGAAAUAUGUGGCUCUUCUUGUAAAAAUGUAUACAACAGCAGUAUUGGAGUACAGUCAGAUGAAAUUGAUUUGUCUGAUGUUCUAUCAGGAAAUGGGAAAAUAAGUAGCUGUGCAGCUGCUGAAGGUAGUUUUACUUCCCUUACUGGACUUCUGGAAGUUGAACCUCUGCACUUUACCUGUGUUUCAACAAGUGAUGGAACUAGAAUAGAAAGGGACGAUGCAAGUACGUUUACUGUGAGUACCUUUGGGGUUACCCCAGCAGUUGGUGGCCUCUCUUCUGGAACAGUUGGGGAAGCCUCGACAGCACUGAGUUCAGCAGCCCAGGUAGCUUUGCAGUCUCUCUCUCAUGCAAUGGCCUCAGCCGAGCAACAGCUCCAGGUGCUGCAAGAGAAACAGCAGCAGCUUUUGAAGCUUCAGCAACAGAAAGCUAAGCUGGAAGCAAAACUGCAUCAGACAACGGCAGCAGCGGCAGCAGCAGCAUCAGCAGUCGGUCCUGUUCACAACUCUGUGCCUUCUAAUACAGUAGCAGCUCCAGGGUUCUUCAUUCAUCCUUCAGAUGUCAUUCCACCCACACCAAAAACAACUCCUCUCUUCAUGACUCCACCUUUGACUCCACCUAAUGAAGCAGUUUCUGCUGUUAUUAAUGCAGAGCUUGCUCAGCUUUUUCCUGGUUCAGUCAUUGACCCCCCAACAGUUAACCUUGCAGCACAUAACAAAAAUACAAGCAAGUCUAGAACGAAUCCACUUGGAUCUGGCCUUGCUCUUGCAAUAUCUCAUGCUUCACAUUUUCUUCAACCUCCACCUCAUCAGUCAAUUAUUAUAGAGCGAAUGCACUCAGGAGCAAGAAGAUUUGUGACUCUGGAUUUUGGAAGACCUAUAUUACUGACAGAUGUAUUGAUUCCCACUUGUGGAGAUUUGGCUUCUUUGUCCAUUGACAUUUGGACUUUAGGAGAAGAAGUGGAUGGAAGGCGACUGGUAGUGGCUACUGACAUUAGCACACAUUCACUUAUUUUACAUGACUUGUUGCCACCCCCAGUUUGCAGGUUUAUGAAGAUCACUGUUAUUGGUCGAUAUGGUAGCACAAAUGCCAGAGCAAAGAUCCCAUUAGGAUUUUAUUAUGGCCAUACCUAUAUCCUACCCUAUGAAAAUGAACUGAAACUAAUGCAUGAUCCCCUCAGAGGAGAAGGUGAAUCAGCAAAUCAGCCAGAAAUUGAUCAACAUUUGGCAAUGAUGGUUGCAUUGCAAGAAGACAUACAGUGCAGGUACAAUUUGGCCUGUCAUCGGUUAGAAAUCCUUCUGCAGAGUAUUGACCUGCCGCCACUCAAUAGUGCUAACAAUGCCCAGUACUUUUUGAGAAAGCCAGACAAGGCAGUAGAAGAAGACAGCAGAGUAUUUUCUGCUUACCAGGACUGCAUUCAGUUACAGCUUCAACUCAACUUGGCUCACCAUGCUGUUCAGAGACUCAAAGUAGCUUUAGGUGCAAGCAGGAAAACCCUGAAGGAACAAUCUGAUCCAAAAGAGUUGAUUCAGAUGUCAUCCACAGAGCAGUUACGCACCAUCAUUAGAUACUUACUGGAUACUUUGCUCAGUUUGCUACAUUCAUCCAAUGGGCACUCGGUUCCUGUGGUUCUGCAGAGUACUUUUCAUGCUCAAGCUUGUGAAGAGUUAUUUAAACACCUGUGUAUCAGUGGAACCCCCAAGAUACGAUUGCAUACUGGCCUUCUGCUGGUUCAGCUCUGUGGAGGUGAAAGGUGGUGGGGUCAGUUUCUCUCAAAUGUACUGCAGGAAUUAUACAAUUCAGAACAACUUCUCAUAUUUCCACAAGACAGGGUCUUCAUGUUGCUUUCUUGCAUUGGCCAAAGAUCGCUUAGCAACAGUGGUGUUUUAGAAAGUUUACUUAAUCUCCUGGAUAACCUGCUGUCACCACUGCAACCUCAUUUACCUGUGCACAGAAGAACUGAAGGAGUUUUAGAUAUUCCCAUGAUCAGUUGGGUUGUAAUGCUGGUGUCCAGACUACUGGAUUACGUAGCUACUGUUGAAGAUGAAGCAGCCACAGCCAAGAAACCUCUGAAUGGAAAAGAGAGGGAACGCUUUUUGACAGGGAACCAGUGGAGUUUUAUCAAUAAUAGCCUUCACACUCAGAGUCUGAGCAGAUCUACUAAAGGCAACAGCAGCCUUGAUAGACUGUAUUCCCGAAAGAUCAGAAAGCAGCUCGUGCAUCAUAAACAGCAACUUAACUUAUUAAAAGCAAAACAGAAGGCUUUGGUGGAACAGAUGGAAAAAGAGAAAAUACAAAGCAACAAAGGAUCAUCAUACAAACUUUUAGUAGAACAGGCAAAACUAAAGCAGGCUACUUCAAAGCACUUCAAGGACUUAAUACGCUUGCGUCGAACUGCAGAAUGGCCUCGUUCUUCUUUAGAUACAGAAGUAUCAACAGCAAAGGAAACUCCAGAAAUUGAACCACUUCCCUUUACACUGGCACAUGAACGUUGCAUUUCUGUAGUGCAAAAGCUGGCACUCUUUCUCUUGUCCAUGGACUUUACUUGUCAUGCAGAUUUACUUCUUUUUGUUUGUAAGGUUCUUGCUAGAAUUGCGAAUGCUACAAGACCAACAAUUCAUUUAUGUGAAAUUGUAAAUGAGACUCAAUUAGAAAGAUUAUUGCUGCUUCUUGUUGGAACUGACUUUAACAGAGGAGACAUCUCUUGGGGAGGAGCAUGGGCUCAGUAUUCUCUGACUUGUAUGUUACAGGAUAUUCUAGCAGGAGAGUUGUUGGCACCUAUAGCAGCUGAAGCUAUGGAAGAAAGUGCUUUGGGAGAAGAUGCUGGAGCUUCAGCUGGAGAUUCUGAUGACUCUCUCCAACAGUCCACAGUUCAGUUAGUGGAAACCAUAGAUGAGCCUUUGACACAUGACAUCACAGGUGCUCCACCCUUGUCAUCAUUGGAAAAAGAUAAGGACAUUGAUCUUGAAUUACUGCAAGACCUGAUGGAAGUUGAUAUUGAUCCUUUGGAUAUUGAUUUGGAAAAAGAUCCCCUUGCAGCCAAAGUCUUCAAGCCUAUAAGUAGCACCUGGUACGAUUACUGGGGUGCUGAAUAUGGCACCUACAAUUACAAUCCUUACAUUGGUGGUGUUGGAAUUCCAGUUGCAAAACCACCUGUAACUACAGAGAAAAAUGGAUCACAAACUGUCAGCAUAUCAGUCUCUCAAGCUUUAGAUGCACGUCUUGAAGUUGGACUUGAGCAGCAGGCUGAGCUGAUGCUGAAAAUGAUGUCCACACUGGAGGCUGAUUCCAUUCUACAAGCAUUAACAAACACAUCUCCUACAUUGACGCAGUCUCCCAGUGGCACAGAUGAUUCAUUGCUGAGGGGAUUACAUGCUGCAAACCAAAAUGCCCAGCUGAUUGUGCAGUUGUCAUCUAUACCUAUGCUGAGUGCAUGCUUCAACAAACUCUUUUCCAUGCUACAAGUCCACCAUGUUCAGCUUGAAUCCCUAUUGCAGCUAUGGCUCACAUUAAGCCUGAAUUCCAGCUCCUCUGGAAGUAAAGAUAGCGGUGCUGAUAUUUUCCUUUAUAAUGCUAACCGAAUACCUGUUGUUUCCCUGAACCAAGCUUCAGUAACUAGCUUCCUGUCAGUUCUGGCAUGGUAUCCUAAUACUUUACUCCGGACGUGGUGCCUUGUGCUUCACAGCCUAACGCUCAUGACAAACAUGCAGCUUAAUGCUGGUCCAAGCAGUGCCAUUGGAGCUCAGGAAAGUACUGCCCAAUUGUUGGUGUCAGAUCCCAACCUUAUUCAUGUGUUAGUGAAAUUUCUUUCUGGCACUAACCCUCAUGGAACAAAUCAACACAGUCCACAGGUUGGGCCAACAGCAACACAAGCUAUGCAAGAAUUUCUUACUCGAUUACAAGUGCACCUUUCUUCAACUUGUCCUCAGAUGUUCAGUGAAUUUUUAUUGAAAUUAAUACAUAUACUUUCAACAGAAAGGGGUGCUUUCCAGACAGGCCAGGGACCAUUGGAUGCUCAAGUGAAACUCUUGGAAUUCACCCUGGAACAGAAUUUUGAAGUUGUAUCAGUUAGCACUAUUUCUGCAGUGAUCGAGUCUAUAACCUUUCUUGUGCAUCAUUACAUUACGUGUUCGGACAAAGUAAUGUCUCGCAGCGGCUCAGACAGCUCUGUGGGUGCUCGAGCAUGUUUUGGAGGGCUUUUUGCCAACAUUAUCCGCCCAGGUGAUGCCAAAGCAGUUUGUGGAGAAAUGACAAGGGAUCAACUCAUGUUUGAUUUAUUAAAGCUGAUAAACAUUUUAGUUCAACUGCCACUUUCCAGUAACCGAGAAUACAGUGCCCGUGUUCCAGUAGCAAGCAGUACUACAGACAGUGUGUCUGAUGAGGAAAAGGUUUCAGGAGGCAAAGAUGGCAAUGGAAGCAACCCUAAUACUCAAGGAUCAACUGCGUAUGUGGCGGACUUGGUGUUGGCCAACCAACAAAUUAUGAGCCAGAUUUUGUCUGCACUUGGCCAGUGUAACAGCAGUGCUAUGGCCAUGAUUAUUGGUGCAAGUGGCUUACACCUGACUAAACAUGAGAACUUUCAUGGUGGCUUAGAUGCAAUAUCAGUUGGAGAUGGGUUGUUCACUAUCCUGACAACACUUAGUAAGAAAGCAACAACAGUUCAAGUGAUGCUUCAGCCAAUUCUUACCUACAUGGCCUGUGGGUACAUGGGAAGGCAGGGUUCUCUUGCCACGUGUCAGUUAUCUGAGCCACUGCUCUGGUUCAUUUUACGAGUGUUGGAUACAAGUGAGGCACUGAAGGCUUUCCAUGAUAUGGGUGGUGUUCAACUUAUCUGUAACAACAUGGUAACAAGCACAAGAGCUAUUGUUAACACAGCAAGAAGCAUGGUUUCAACUAUUAUGAAAUUCCUGGAUUCUGGUCCCACCAAAGCGACAGAUAGCAGUUUGAAAGCCAGAGUGCUCGCUUCUGAGCCUGACAAUGCAGAAGGAAUUCACAAUUUUGCACCUUUGGGUUCAAUCACCUCGAGCAGCCCCACUGCCCAGCCUGCUGAAGUGCUGUUGCAGGCUACUCCUCCCCACAGGCGGGCUCGGUCUGCUGCAUGGUCAUACAUAUUUUUACCUGAGGAAGCUUGGUGUGACCUCACGAUUCACCUUCCUGCAGCUGUGCUGCUCAAGGAGAUCCACAUCCAGCCUCACCUGGCCUCUCUGGCAACUUGCCCUUCAUCAGUAUCUGUUGAAAUAAGCGCAGAUGGUGUCAAUAUGUUACCUUUGUCAACUCCUGUUAUCACGAGUGGUCUCACCUAUAUAAAAAUCCAACUGGUGAAAGCUGAAGUUGCCUCAGCUGUCUGCCUUCGUCUCCAUCGUCCUCGGGAUGCCAGCACCCUGGGCCUCUCCCAGAUCAAACUGUUGGGCCUCACCGCCUUCGGAAACACCUCCUCUGCCACCGUCAACAAUCCCUUCCUUCCCUCCGAGGACCAGGUCUCCAAAACGAGUAUUGGAUGGUUAAGAUUAUUACACCACUGCCUCACUCACAUAAGUGAUUUGGAAGGAAUGAUGGCCAGUGCUGCAGCACCCACUGCUAAUUUGUUGCAGACAUGUGCUGCUUUACUAAUGUCCCCUUACUGUGGGAUGCAUUCUCCAAACAUUGAGGCUGUGCUUGUGAAAAUUGGGCUUCAGUCUACCAGAAUUGGCCUAAAAUUGAUUGACAUUCUUCUUAGAAACUGCUCAGCAUCAGGGAGUGAUCCUGCAGAUCUGAAUAGCCCUUUACUGUUUGGAAGAUUAAAUGGUCUCUCUUCUGACUCCACAAUAGACAUUCUUUAUCAGCUUGGAACAACUCAAGACCCUGGAACAAAAGAUAGAAUUCAAGCAUUGCUGAAAUGGGUCAGUGAUUCUGCAAGAGUUGCAGCUAUGAAAAAAAGUGGCCGGGUCAGCUACAUCUGUCCCAAUAGCUCAACCAGAGAGUAUGGGCUUUUGAUGCCAUCUCCUUCCCACCUGCAUUGCGUAGCAGCAAUUUUGUGGCACAGUUACGAAUUGCUCGUUGAAUACGAUUUGCCGGCGUUGCUGGACAGGGAGCUCUUUGAGUCACUGUUUAAUUGGUCCAUGUCUCUUCCCUGCAACAUGGUUUUGAAGAAAGCUGUUGAUAGUUUGCUUUGUUCCAUGUGCCACAUCCACCCAAAUUAUUUUUCCUUACUGAUGGGAUGGAUGGGUAUCACUCCUCCUCCAAUGCAGUGUCAGCACAGACUGUCUAUGACCGAUGACAGCAAAAAGCAGGACCUUAGUUCAUCUUUGACAGAUGACUCUAAAAAUGCACAAGCCCCUCUUGCACUAACAGAGUCUCACCUGGCUACGCUUGCUGCCUCAUCUCAGUCUCCUGAAGCUAUCAAGCAGUUGCUGGACUCAGGUUUGCCUUCACUGCUUGUAAGAAGUCUUGCUAGUUUUUGCUUUAACCAUACUUCUAGCUCUGACUGCACUGCACAAUCAAUGGAUAUCACCCAGGACAGGCUCAGGAGGCACCAUGUUCCACAGCACUUUAAUAAAAUGCCCAUCACAGCAGACCUGGUUGCUCCUGUUCUCAGGUUUCUGACAGAAGUUGGCAACAGCCACAUGAUGAAGGAUUGGUUGGGUGGCUCUGAAGUCAAUCCAUUGUGGACAGCACUUUUAUUCCUGUUGUGCCAUUCUGGUGCUACCUCUGGAGGACACAAUGUGACGGCACAGCAGACCAGUGCAAGAUCCAGCUUGCUUUCUUCAACUGUAACCACAGGACUGACCACUCAGCAGCGGACAGCAAUUGAAAAUGCAACAGUUGCUUUCUUCCUCCAGUGCAUCUCUUGCCAUCCUAAUAACCAGAGACUUAUGGCACAGGUUCUUUGUGAAUUGUUCCAGUCCUCUCCUCAGCGUGGGAACCUCCCAACCUCUGGAAAUAUUUCAGGAUUUAUUAGGAGGCUUUUUUUGCAGCUGAUGCUAGAGGAUGAGAAAGUGACUUUAUUUCUUCAGUCGCCUUGUCCACUGUACAAGGGUAGAAUUAAUGCUACUAGUCAUGUAAUUCAACAUCCAAUGUAUGGAGCUGGACACAAAUUUCGUACUCUUCACUUGCCUGUCUCAACAACUCUAGCAGAAGUUCUUGAUCGUGUGUCAGAUACACCCAGUAUUACAGCUAAGCUAAUUAAUGAACAGAAGGAAGAUAAAGAAAAGAAGAAUUAUGAGGAGAAAGAAAAAGUUAAAGCAGAAAAUGGAUUUCAGGACAAUUACAGCGUUGUUGUUGCUUCUGGUUUGAAAUCUCAGUCAAAAAGAGCUGUUUCAUCCACCCCUCCACGUCCACCAUCAAGACGAGGAAGAGUGAUGGCAGAUAAAGUUGGUGCUUCUUCAUCAGGAGGAGAAUCUUCCAGCAAGACCAUUAGUGUUCCAGUUUUUCAUCUGUACCAUAAACUUCUACCAGGUCAGCCACUACCAGCUGAAAUGACACUUGCCCAGCUUCUGACUCUGCUGUAUGACCGCAAACUCCCUCAAGGAUACCGAUCCAUAGACUUGACAGUUAAACUUGGUUCCAAAGUAAUCUCAGAUCCAAGCUUAUCAAAAACAGACUCAUUUAAACGUCUUCACACAGAAAAAGAACAUGCAGAUUUACUGGGACCUUGCCCUGAAGAUGAGGCCAUCAGUCCUGGGGAUGAGUGUAUGGAUGCAGUUCUAGAUGAAUCACUUCUUGAAACCUGUCCCAUUCAGUCUCCACUGCAAGUUUUUGCAGGCAUGGGUGGAUUGGCUCUUAUUGCAGAGAGACUCCCUAUGCUUUAUCCUGACGUAAUUCAACAAGUGAGCACUCCAGUGGUUACGUCAGCCACACAGGAAAAACAGAAGGACAGUGAUCAGUUUGAAUGGGUUACCAUUGAACAAUCAGGGGAAUUGGUGUAUGAAGCACCAGAAACCAUUGCUGCAGAACCUCCACCGAUCAAGUCAACAGUCCAGACUAUGUCUCCCAUACCUGCACAUUCUUUGGCUGCCUUUGGUUUAUUUCUCCGUCUCCCGGGCUAUGCUGAGGUGCUGCUAAAAGAACGGAAACAUGCUCAGUGUCUGUUGAGAUUGGUGUUGGGAGUUACAGAUGAUGGUGAAGGAAGUCAUAUCCUGCAGUCUCCUUCAGCAAACGUGCUCCCAACUCUGCCCUUCCACGUGUUGCGCAGUUUGUUCAGCACGACCCCGCUGACCACCGACGAUGGAGUGCUGCUGAGGCGGAUGGCACUGGAGAUCGGGGCCAUCCAUCUUAUCCUGGCUUGUCUCUCUGCCCUGAGCCACCACGCACCAAGAGUGCCCAACUCAAGUCCCAACCAAGCAGAGCCACAGGUGUCAAGUACACACAAUACUGCAUCAACAGAAGAACAGCAGUUGUACUGGGCUAAGGGUACGGGAUUUGGAACAGGCUCUACAGCUUCAGGAUGGGAUGUUGAACAAGCCUUGACUAAGCAAAGACUAGAAGAAGAGCAUGUGACCUGCCUUCUACAGGUUCUUGCCAGUUACAUAAAUCCUGCAGGGAGUACAUCAAAUGAAGAGACUCAAACGAGCCAUGAGGGGAGAGGCCAAAACAGCAGCGCUCUUCCAUCCAUUCUCCUGGAGCUGCUCAGUCAGUCCUGUCUCAUCCCAGCGAUGUCAUCCUACCUCCGCAACGACUCAGUUUUGGAUAUGGCUCGACACGUUCCCCUGUACCGAGCUCUGCUGGAAUUGCUCCGUGCUAUUGCCUCUUGCACGUCGAUGGUGCCAUUACUUCUUCCUCUGUCGGGAGAAAGUAGCGAAGAGGAGGAAGAGCAGCUGGAGUCACAAGCUUCUGUUGGGACCUUGUUGGCCAAAAUGAAGACCUGUGUAGAUACCUAUACCAACAGACUAAGGUCUAAAAAAGACAAAGCUAAAGCGGGAGUAAAACCAGAUACUUCUGAUCAAGAGCCAGAGGGACUGACCCUCCUGGUGCCAGACAUCCAAAAGACUGCAGAGAUCGUUUAUGCAGCGACCACCAGUCUGCGCCAAGCCAACCAAGAAAAGAAGAUGGCUGAAUACUCCAAAAAGGCUGCUGUGAAGCCCAAGCCUUUGUCUGUUUUACGAUCCCUUGAAGAGAAGUAUGUGGCUGUCAUGAAAAAACUCCAGUUUGAUACAUUUGAAAUGGUUUCCGAAGACGAUGACGGCAAACUGGUUUUUAAAGUAAAUUACCACUACAUGUCUCAGGUUAAAAACGCGAGCGACGCCAACAGCGCUGCCAGGGCCCGACGGCUGGCUCAGGAAGCCGUGACUCUCUCAACCUCACUGCCGCUCUCGUCUUCGUCCAGCGUCUUCGUGCGCUGUGAUGAGGAGCGGCUCGACAUAAUGAAGGUUCUCAUUACUGGUCCUGCAGACACCCCAUACGCCAAUGGUUGCUUUGAAUUUGAUGUGUAUUUCCCACAAGACUAUCCGAAUUCCCCUCCACUUGUGAAUCUGGAAACAACUGGAGGCCACAGCGUGAGAUUUAAUCCAAACCUCUACAAUGAUGGCAAGGUGUGCUUAAGCAUACUUAACACAUGGCAUGGGAGGCCAGAAGAGAAAUGGAAUCCCCAAACAUCAAGUUUUUUGCAGGUGUUAGUGUCUGUCCAGUCCCUAAUACUGGUGGCAGAACCAUACUUCAAUGAACCAGGUUACGAACGAUCGCGAGGUACUCCGAGUGGUACCCAGAGUUCCAGGGAAUAUGAUGGAAAUAUCCGACAGGCAACAGUCAAGUGGGCAAUGCUUGAACAAAUGAGAAAUCCAUCACCAUGUUUUAAGGAGGUCAUCCACAAACACUUCUACUUGAAAAGAGUGGAGAUCAUGGCUCAGUGUGAGGAGUGGAUAGCAGACAUACAGCAGUACAGCAGUGACAAACGGGUAGGCAGGACUAUGUCCCAUCAUGCAGCAGCUCUGAAGCGUCACACAGCUCAGCUGCGGGAAGAACUUCUAAAACUUCCCUGUCCUGAAGGAUUGGAUCCAGACACUGAUGAGUCUCCAGAAAAAUGCAGUGCCACAACAAGCUCAGAAGAGACCAUGUUGCACGACCAGGUUAAACCCAGCAGCAGUAAAGAUGUCCCCACUGAUUUCAAGUCAUGAGUUGCAUUGACAUGGACUUUGUAGACACAACGGCUUUGAAGCACAAGCCAAAUAUGUCAAUAUUUGUAUGUAAGAAGUUAAUUAUGUAAUAGGUAAUGAAAUUGAAACUAUACUAUGCCCUUAAGGAUAUACAGUUUAAUUAAAAAUGAUCUUUUAUUUACCUGUACAAGAGUGUAAACUUUUUUGUGCUUUUAUUUUUCAAUUGUGAGAACCACUGAUUGGUAUGUUUAAAAAGUUAUGUAUACAAAAAAAUGGAUAAAUCACUGAUAUAUAAGGGAAACUACCUUAGGAAAGAAUGUUUACUGAAUGUUUAUUAUUUUUUUUUUACUUGUAGAGUGAGGGCGGUUGUAACAAAGAAUAUAUAUUGGUCAUUCUUACAGCUACUAUUUAAAGUCAGAAAAUUUUCACUGAAUUUGAUAGAUUUUGCGUUUGGCCAUAUAUUCAUGCUCAUUUGAUUCUAAAGAAAACCUCCUGUAUACUUCAAUAAACGUUAAAUGGACAUGAUCCCUCUUUUAUGAUUUACUGGUACAUUUUUUAAAUAAACUGCCAUAAAAUACGUUCUAGCUGAAGACUUGCACUUGUAUGACUGAAUUCAUUACAGUCAACAUACUUAAUUUUAUGCUUACUAAAUCUAAAAUGCAGAAGAAAUAAAUGCACAUGGUUUUACCUCAUGCCAAAUUUGGACUUCUGAAUUAGUUGGGUUUUUUUGGCUAUUUUAUGCAAAAUAACAGUAUUCUAAAUUUCUUAAGGGCUAUUCUGGAACAAAGUCUUUACUGUAUUGAAAUGUCUGAUUUUUACAUACUCAGCUUACUCUUACUGACACACCACACAGGACUCUGAUGUUCUGAGUUCCUACUGUGUAGACUUACUUCCAGUUUUAUACUUGCAGCCACAGAUCCCUAACUAAAAGGGUAAGGAGUUUACUUGAUUUAAUAAUCAAGUCUCACUUUUAACAUAACAUGCAUUGCUAUCAUUGUUAUUAAUUUUUGAGCAGUCCUUGAAGGACUAAAAAGUUAAUACUGGUAUUACCUCAGACUAAUGAUCUGUUGUAUGAUAAAUACUAUAAAUCAGGCAAAACCGAAAGUUUUUUUGUUUUCUAUUUGUUCUUUGUUUAUAAGUAUCACGCUGGAAUUUUUUCACUUUUUGUUUUACAAUGUAUUAUUUCUAAUCAUUAAAAAUGGCACCAACUGA